GAGAGAACGUUGACAGUAUGGCGGCGAGCCGCUGCUGGGAGGAUGCUGCUGUGGCUGGCGGUGUCUCCCCCGCCGUCGGAAUGUGAACGGACUACGUUAAGCAACAGAAGGAAAGCGAGCGACUGGGCCUUGACGCCGUGAUCUCCCGCAGCAUCGACAUGGCCAGGCUUGCCGACUACUUCGUCGUGGUCGGUUACGACCUCGAUAAGAGAGAGGGCAGCGAGGGUCAGGGCCGGAUUCUCCAGCGCUUUCCUGAAAAAGACUGGGAGGACAACCCUUUUCCCCAGGGCAUUGAGCUGUUUUGCCAGCCCAGUGGUUGGCAGUUGGUCCCUAAAAGGCUUCCGCCGUCGUUUUUUGUAGCGGCUCUGACCGACAUUAACUCCGAACGCCAUUACUGUGCCUGUUUCACCUUUUGGGAGGAGGUCGAUGACCCGCAGAAGAGCCUGUCUAGUGAGGCUGAUGAGGAUGAGGACGUGGACCCUGGACUCAUCCAGUCCACUCAGCUCUUUGCACCCAAGAGCUUGGUGCUAGUGUCUCGACUGGACCACACCGAGGCUUUCAGGAACUGCCUGGGCCUGAUCUAUACCGUGCAUGUGGAUGGUCUCAGCUUCCCUCUGGAGACCCUGAUUGGAAACCUCCUCACCUGCAUCAUCCCCGUAGCAGGGGGCUCCCAGAUGUGCGACCCCCCACUUUGUAGUUUUAACUUGGUCCCUCAGAAUCUUGCCUGUGACUGGCUUCUGGGCUGCUUUCAGCCUGGCCCAGACGAGGAGGAAAAGACCGUGAGAACCAUCACAUUAGGCGCUGGUGAUCGUCAGGUGAUCCAGACUCCCAUCACUGACUCUCUGCCUGUCAGCGGCUGCAGUGUCGCCCUGCUCUUCAGACAGCUGGGUAUCGUCAACGUCCUCUGCCUGUUCUGUGCCACCCUUACGGAACACAAGAUCCUUUUCCUGUCAAGUAGCUACAAUCGGCUCACAGAUGCCUGCCGAGCUCUUCUGGCUAUCAUGUUCCCGCUGAAAUACAGCUUCACGUACGUCCCCAUACUGCCAGGGAAGCUGUUGGAGGUUCUCAGCACUCCCACACCCUUUAUUAUCGGGGUCAACUCCACCUUCCGCUCUGAGACACAGGAGCUGCUCGACGUGAUCAUCGCUGACCUCGAUGGGGGCACGGUGACGAUCCCAGAGUGUGUCCACAUCUCCCUGCUUCCUGAGCCCCUGCUGCAGCAGACGCAGUUGGCCCUCUCCAUGGUGCUGGACCCCGAGCUGGAUGUGGCUGAUCAUGCUUUCCCACCCUCCUCCUUGCAGCCCUCCUCACUGAAGAUCCAGGACAAGGAGAUCCGCGCAGUGUUCCUGUGGCUGUUCGCUCAGCUGCUCCAGGGCUACCGCUGGUGUCUGCAUAUCAUCCGCAUCAACCCCGAGCCCGUCAUCCGCUUCCACAAGGCUGCUUUCCUAGGCCAGCGGUCGCUGACAGAAGACGACUUCCUCAUGAAGGUGCUGGACGGCAUGGCCUUCGCGGGCUUCGUGUCGGAGAGAGGGCCUCCAUACCGGACCACGGACCUGUUCGAUGAGCUUGUCGCCAGUGGAGUGGAACGCAUCUGUCUAGAGGAAGCUAAUCUGCACAAAGUCACGAGCCACAUCAAGGAACUGGGCGAGCAGCUCUACAAAAACGAGAACCCAUACCCAGCUGUGGCUAUGCAGCCACCCGCCGAGGGCUCCCACCUCCGCGUCCCGCUGAAGACCUUCCCGCACCUGGAUGAGGUUACCGUGCAACUCUUCAUCGACCACGCUGCCGCCAAGCUGAAGGACUCUCCCCCCGCCGUCAAGGUGGAGGUGAAGCACAUGGUGCCUUCGGGGCCGCCCCUGGGUGAUGCCGUGGACCGAAAUGGCAGCACCCUCGCCAACAGCGCCCGCAGGUUGGAGGUGGUCCGGAACUGCAUCACCUACAUCUUCGAGAACAAGAUGCUGGAAGCCAAAAAGCUCCUUCCGGCGGUUCUGCGGGCUCUGAAGGGCCGGACAGCCCGUCUGUGCCUGACCCAGGAGCUCCACCUACAUGUGCAGCAGAACCGGGCCGUGCUGGACGACCAGCAGUUCGACUACAUCGUGCGCAUGAUGAACUGCACGCUGCAGGAUUGCUCAGUCAUUGAUGAACACGGAAUUGCUGCAGGACUCCUGCCUCUGGUCACGGCGUUCUGCAGAAAACUGGGAGCAGGCGUCACCCAGUUUGCCUACAGCUGUGUGCAGGACCACAUGGUCUGGGCCAACAUGCAGUUCUGGGAGGCCAUGUUCUACAGCGACGUCCAGAACCACAUCCGAGCCCUCUAUAUGGACGUCGGGGAUUCUGAUCCGUCAUCGGUGGCACAGGACAGCCGCUCUGCGCUGGAGAUCGCCUCGGAGCAGCGGCGGCUGUGGUCCACGCUCUCCAAGGACAAGCAGCAGGAGCUGGUGCAGAAGGAGGAGAGCACUGUGUUCAGCCAGGCCAUCCAUUACGCCAACCGCAUGAGCUACUUGCUGCUGCCGCUGGACACGAGCAAGAAUCGACUGCUCCGCAGCUCAGGCCUGGGCGACGUGGAGAGCGUCAGCAACAGCUACGUCACCAACAGCAUCGCGGGGAGCAUGGCCGAAAGCUACGACACAGAGAGCGGCUUCGAAGACUCGGAGAACUCUGACGUGGCCAGCUCGGUGGUGCGCUUCAUCACUCGCUUUGUUGACAAAGUGUGCAAUGAGAGCGGGGUGACCAAUGAUCACCUGAAGGCCCUUCACACCAUGAUUCCAGAUAUUGUUCAGAUGCACAUCGAAACUUUGGAUGCUGUCCACAGGGAAAGUAAGAGACUGCCCCCAAUACAAAAGCCCAAGCUCCUGAGACCCAGCCUUCUGCCAGGUGAGGAGCUGAUGAUGGAAGGCAUGAGGGUUCACCUGAUCCCAGAUGGGCGGGAGGAGGCCACAGGCCUCAUGGGGGGGCCGCCCCUGCUGCCCGCCGAAGGAGCCGUCUUCCUCACCACCUACAGACUCAUUUUUAAGGGAACCCCCAACGACCCCCUCGUCGGGGAGCAGGUGGUGACGCGGUCCUUUCCCAUCGCCUCCCUCACCAAGGAGAAGAAAAUCUCUGUCAACAUACCCAUGGACCAAUUCGUCCAGGAGGGCCUGCAGCUCCGCUCCUGCACCUUCCAGCUGCUGAAGAUCGCAUUCGACGAAGAGGUUGCCUCGGACCUGGCGGAGGUCUUCCGGAAGCACCUACACAAGCUCCGGUACCCCCAACACGUCCACGGCACCUUCGCCUUCACCGUGGGCCAGUCGGGCAAGAUGGUGGUGGAGCACAAGCACAAGGACAAGAAUCAGUCUUUGAACUCUUGGCAGACGAGCGAGCCGCUCCACGGCAUCAAGUCCGGCGUUUACACGCUGGCCCGUUUGAGCUCCUCCACUACAACACUCUCUAAGAGCCUGGUGAAAAGCGCCAAAAAGACCAUCGGCCGGCAAUACAUGACGCGAAAGAAGUAUCAGGCCCCAACGUGGGAAACCCGGGGCAGCGUCCAGCCUCCGCUGGAUGAGGACGAGAUCUCCGUGUCGGAGGAGAUGGAGCAGACCUCACUCACCUUGUCCUCCACCAUCAAGUCGUCGGACCGGCAGACCAUGAGUGGCGUGGUGGAGCGGGCCUGCUGUCGGGACUACCAGCGCCUGGGCUUGGGCACGCUCAGUAACAGCCUGACGCGCUCCAAGAAUGAGCCCUUCCGCAUCUCUACAGUCAACCGCAUGUACACCGUGUGCCGGAGCUACCCCGGGCUGCUCAUCGUACCUCAGAGCAUCCAGGACCCCACCCUGCAGCGGAUCUCGCGAUGCUACCGACAGUGCCGCUUCCCGGUGGUCUGCUGGAGGAGCUCCCGCACCAAGGCCGUACUGCUGCGCUCCGCAGGCCUCCAUGCGAAGGGCGUGGUGGGCUUCUUCAAGUCCCCCAACACCCCCAGUGCAGGUCCCUCCCAAACGGACUCCACCAGCCUGGAACAGGAGAAAUACCUGCAGGCCAUCGUCAGCUCCAUGCCGUCUUACUCGGACGCCAGCGGCAGGAACACGCUCAGCGGCUUCACCUCGGCCCACAUGAGCGGCUCCGGUCAGCACCAGCGUCACCCCCAUCCCAACUCGUCAGACAAAGUGAGGCAGCCCAAGAUUGGCGCCCUGAUGAAGCAGGUGAUGGGGAGCAGGGAGGACACGCCUGGUACCUUCAGCAGAGGAGCGCUAGGUCAGAGAGGGAGGGUAGUGUCCCUCUCUCACCCGAGAGCUUCAGGGAAGACCCGAAACUCUCCCAGAGGCAAGUGGGGCAGCAUUCGGAACAGCAACCGCCUGAGUACCUUCAACCCCGACAUGGGGAACAGGCUGGCCAGUAAGGAAUCCCCCCAGGCCAACGGAGGCCCAGCCGACACUCACUUCCUGCGGCAACAAAGAGCCUACCUCUAUAUCAUCGGGGACAAGUCUCAGCUGAAGGGCACCAAGCAGGACUCCUUCCAGCAGUGGGAGGUGGUUCCCAUCGAGGUGUUCGACGUGCGGCAGGUGAAGACCAGCUUCAGGAAGCUGAUGAAGGCCUGUGUGCCCAGCUCCACCUCUACCGACCCCAACAUGACCUUCUACCGAUGUCUAGAAGAGUCCGAGUGGAUGUGUCUGCUUCACAAGGUCCUGCAGGUGUCUGUGCUAGUAGUAGAACUGUUGGACUUGGGCUCCUCGGUCAUGGUUAGCUUGGAGGACGGCUGGGACAUUACCACUCAGGUGGUCUCACUGGUCCAGCUCCUGUCGGACCCGUACUACCGCACCUUCGACGGCUUCAGGUUGCUGGUGGAGAAGGAGUGGCUGUCAUUUGGCCACCGCUUCAGCCACCGCGGUGCCCAGACGCUGGCCGGCCAAAGCAGCGGCUUCACGCCCGUCUUCCUGCAGUUCCUGGACUGCGUGCAUCAGAUUCACCUGCAGUUCCCUAUGGAGUUUGAGUUCAGUCAGUACUACCUGAAGUUUCUGGCUUACCAUUAUGUUUCUAACCGCUUCCGAACUUUCCUGCUGGACUCCGACUACGAGAGGAUCGAGCUGGGUGUGAUGUAUGAAGAAAAGGGCGAGAGGAAGAACCCGCAGGUUUACAAGUCGGUGUGGGAUUACAUCGAGCGACUCAACAAAAAGACGCCGAUUUUUUUCAACUACAUGUAUGCCCCCGAAGACGGCGAGGUGCUGAAGCCCUACAGCUACAUCUCCAACCUGAAGGUGUGGAGCUUUUACACAGAGGAGACCCUGUCAGAGGGCCCCUCCUAUGACUGGGAGUUGGUGCAGGGGAAGCCAGAACCGGCCGAGGAAGGCGAGAAGGCAGACAGCUCCGCACCCCGGUCCCAGCGCAAGGUGGUCUGGCCCUGCUAUGACAACCACAUGAAGGUGGUGCCGGAUGCCAUAACCAAACUCCUCCAGGAGCUGCAAAGCCUGGAGGCACAGUUGGGCCUGGUGUCAGACAAGUGGAAGGACACCUGGGACAAGAUCAAGACGACCCAGCGGACAGAGACGAAGGGCAAUAGCAGGGCCUCAUUCUCCAGCUCCCUGCUGAUGUCAUCCAACCUCAGCCACCAGCGACGCUCCCAGGGCCUUUACCUGCAGGAGGCUGCCGUGGGCUCCUCCAUCAACCUGGGGCUGGACGGGCAGAGUGGCGUCGUCACCUCUCCUGCGGGGGCAGUGGCAGGCCGGCCCAGCACCAGUACACUCUACAGUCAGUUCCAGAGCACUGAGAGUGAGAACCGGUCUUUUGAGGGCAUCCUUUUCAAGAAGGGUGCUUUGCUGAAACCAUGGAGACCUCGCUGGUUUGUGCUGGACAAGACAAAGCACCAGUUGCGAUACUACGACAAUCGUCAGGACAAGGAGUGCAAGGGCGUCAUCGACCUGGCCGAGGUGGAGUCUGUGAGCCCGGGCACCCCUGCGAUGGGGGCACCCAAGAACAUGGAGGAGAAGUCCUUCUUUGAUCUCAAGACGACAAGAAGGGUUUAUAACUUCUGUGCACAGGAUGCGCAGCAUGCGCAGCUGUGGAUGGACAGUGUGCAGAGCUGCCUGUCGGAUGCUUAGGAACCUCUCUAUUGGGAGGGUUCGGGAAGCCCCGGACGGACCAAAUAGACAGCCAGUCACAGGAUCCCUCAGCUGCCAGAGAUUGGGUGGGGGAGGGGUGGUCUGGACAGGGGGCAUCUCUCAGUAUUGGUUUCUCUCUUCCCUCCUAUGAAAGUCCACGGAAGGUAACAGUCUCGCUGUCCCCUGGUAGCCCUGCUGGUUACUGCCACCCUGUUCCUCUAUGACUGACCACUGUUUACCCUGAACCACUGCGACGGGGGACAGAAGUGCAGCGUUCGAGGCUGACGCCUGGUGGCCUGGUUGGGAAGACGGAGACCACUCCGGUGCACUGUCAGAAAGCAAGUCCCUCCCCCACUCUCAGCUCCUUGCUCCUCACACUCCUUCAGUGCUGGUUUGGGAUGAUCUGGCCCAACGUACUGUACAUCUGUUGCACUUUAACCCCUGGCGGGGGGUCGACAGAAAGCCCCACCCCUCUGUCCUCUGGAUCUGCUGCAAGGCAACCCCCAGCCUACCAGGGCCGGACAUCCUGUAAGCGAUUCAUGAAGGAUUCAAAGUGAGCCUUGUGUUUGACUAAUGAAAAUAUCAGUCUCUCCAUGCAGGCAGUCAGUAUACUGUGAAUAUGAGUUUCCUUCAUAAUCCAUCAAGUUAAUGUCAGUACAAAGGUACCCAUGAUCGUAAUCAGCCCAUUGACAGCUUUUAAAUAUCCAUUUGAUUGUUUACAAAGCAGCUAUUAUCUACACCUAUAGUUUUUUUUCUUUAUACAUAAGUGUUUUAAAAUAAAAGAAACUGAUAUUAAUGUGUAAAACUAAAAGGGAUGUUUCAGGAUACAGAGGGACAUAUAAUCUUGCAUUUAUUAAUUUAUGCAUAGAGAUACAAAUUAUUAUGAGUAAGAAGGGGAGGGAGAAGUUUGGGGAAACCCAGAUUUACUAGAGUUUCCUAGUUUGUUUACACUGCACGACGGUGGGAGCCCCCAGUUGGUUGUCUUGUCAACUCUUAUGGAACCUGAACAGCACCAUCUGCUGGUCAAGUGCAAACUAUCAAGCAUUGGAUUGCUGAAAUGAUGCCUUUGCAGUAAAGGGAAGUCGUCUGAUAGAUAUUGGAAGAGGCACAGGAAUAGUCUGAUAAGCUACCUGGACCACAAUGGAGUAGAUAGGGACAUUUUCCAUGGAUAUGGAUUAACAGUGGCUGUUCUGCGUUGCUUUUGACCAAAACUGAUCAGAUGCUGUAUAUUCCAUAUUUGACCUGCAGGUGGCACUGAUCAUACCCCACAUGCGAUAUGUGUUCAUUUUCUCAUAAUAGAAAACAGCAAUUCAGUUAAGGCAUUUGGAAAAAUGUCUCCUGUCCAUCUGGUGGCAACAAUGGCUUUUUUUUGUGCUACACUGUAUGAGUUCUUUGGUGUCUUUAAAGGUUGUAAGGAUUGCUGAGAGGAAGUGAAAGAUUGAUUUGGGCCCUGACCCCACCUAGUCUCCUGGCUUGGUGUACUCCAGAGAGUGAGUUUUUUUAACUCCAUUUUAGUCCUCCAUCCACAGUUGUUAGUUGCCAUGGUGUGUGUUUCUCACCGUCGUGCUUUUAUUUUCAACCAGUGUUUUAGGUGGAACCAGUUACCUUUUCUCUGUUAAGCCUGUAAAUAGUCCAGCCUUUGUCUGGCAGAGGGUCACUUAUUUGUACAAUGCCAAGGUGCAAAACCAGUCUUCCUUUAAGCAUCUAGUCACUAGUCUUAUGGACUGUUUUGUUCCCCUUCAUGCCUCAUAAUAGGGUCUCACUCCAGAAAGUGUGUAUAUAUGUCAGUUGGAGUGUGAUGUUCGGCUUUUGGUAGGAGUGACACUGUGUUGCUCUGCUCUUUGUCAAGCUUUCUUUCACUCCUCAAGUCUGUCCCCAAGGUGAAGCUUGGCACCUGGGGGGAAACAUGCAUGUUUUCAAACCUGAAAGGCGAACAGUGUGGGUUGGUUCAUGUGUUUGUCUCCUUGUCAUACCAACACAUUGGCGAGCUUCUGGUUUAUCUGUAAAAGGGCGUGCUGCAGUACAUCCCAUAACAUUGCCGUUUCAUAAAUACCUUUUUUUUUAUCUUAUAGGAGUUUUACUUACACAAAAAUAUUCUGAGGGCAUAAAAAAAAUUAUUGGUCCAAAGACAUAAUCGAUGAAAUUCUAGAAAAGGUGGGUCUAAGCCACUAGAGGUGGGACCAACCAAUCAGAUGUCUUGGUCCCACCUCCUCUAGCUGCUUGGACCUACCUCCUCUAUCUCUCUGAACCAAUCAUUUUUCCUUCUGCCCUUUUUUUGUGCAAGUACUGUAAAACUCCCAAAACGCAGUUUUUUUUUUUCUAUUAAAAAGCUACACAAGGGUGCAGUAAUGCAGUUUAAUUUUCCCUAGAGGGACAUAGAGUAGUUUUAAAAUGCUUGAUAGUUUUUCUAAAGUCCAACAUAGGAUCUGCAUAGGAAGCAUUCUGUCAAACGAAAGCUGGCCAUUUCGCCUCAUCUGCCCCAUCCUCUGUAAGGAAGAGCAUCUCCUUUCAGCUGACAGAUUGUUCACCUAACUUGCAGGAAAUGACCAGAGCGAUGCAGUGCUUCAUUUGCUUUGUUGAGAGGGUGAAAGCUGCUGCUACUAUGGCAAAUUAUGGAUAUUAGCUUUUACAGUCCUCUUCAUACCGCCUGUGUACACAACCACUAUAGUGAGGAACGUGGUGUCUCGUCGAGCUUCCCUAUGAAAUGUUGAUGUUCAUUCUAAUAAUUGUCACUUGUACAUACAAAUUUUUAUGUAACGUAUGAUAGUAAUUUAUUUAACUUUGUCUUGUGUAAAAACAAAAAAAUAUCGAGUUUGCCCUUUAAACCGCUUUAUUUUUAAAAUUAGAAAUCCACUAUGUGCCAUGGUUGACUUCUCUAUUAACACAGCUACUUUUUUUAUUUUCAUUGUUUUUUUCCCUUCUGAAAAUUUACUGUCAAAUUCUAUUCAAAAGUAAACAAUUUUGGAAAAAGCCCUCCCUCCUUUAUUGGCGUUGUGGUCCUCUGUAGCCCCUUAAUGCUCGGUUCGGUGAUGCGGCGCCGGUGUCGAUGCUGCUGAUGAACUCUGCUGCCUGUGGCUAAACAGAUGGCUGACAGCCCUGCUUCAUCAUUCCCACUGUAGUCACUGUAGUCUGCCUCUGUGUAAAUAUCCUCAGUACAUUCUACAAAGCUUUUUUUUUUUUUUUUUAAACAAAGUAUUUCUGGAAUCUGAACCAUUCCGUCAGAUUGUCUCUUCUUUUUUUAAUUUUUUUUUUUAAUUAAACAAGUACCCUGGA